AUGGCACCUCAACUUCUUUUGAUCCCCUCUGUCAUGGCAUGUCUGGUAUUGACCCUCAUCACUGCAGCACAAACCGACAUGAUAAUACCCGUCCCCUCAAUCACUACCAUGCCCUCACUUAAUACACUUGUCGCCGCGAUACCCGCUGUGUCCGACACCUCCAGCAUGGCCAUUAAUCCUCCAAGCACAACAAUUGCCGCCCAAACCUCUCCGACUCCCGUCUUAGGAGAUGACAACUACGUCCUGGUGGGUUGCUUUAAUGAGCCACCAGCCAGUUCCUCAAGUCGAGCACUAGGUGUCACCGGUACUUACUUGUUCGACCCCAUCGAUACCCUCACCGUUCCUAUGUGCCUGAAAACUUGCGGUGAUGCAUUAGGUCCUAAUUCCAGUGGACCGUAUAUAUACGCUGCCGUGGAGAACAGCCGAGAAUGCUUUUGCGGCUUGACACUCUCACCACUCGCGAAGAAAGUGGCCGACGGGUACUGUUCCUCUCCAUGCUCAUCGGAUACCACUACCAUCUGUGGCGGAUACGGCUACCUGACCCUCUAUCAAAGACGCUCCUCUCUAAGCGGUAUUAACGCCACUUCCACUUCCGCACCCACCACUUCAACUACCUCAUCCACUUCAACUUCCACACCCUCACUUACCCCCGUCCCCGUCAUCGACAUAUCCCCCUCAAAGGCCAGGUCGAGACACUCAAAAGGUUUCUGGGUAGGCAUCUCCAUCGGCAUAGUGCUUUUCAUCCUCGUCCUCGCUCUCAUCUUCUACAUGAUACGACGUCGAGCCGCCCGUCGGGCUCGAGCACUCUCUACCGCAGGACUCAGUACCGACACUUCAUUCCUCGGGGGCUUUGCCCUCAUGCAUCCCUCCCAAAAACGCCAGCGGCCCCCGAUAAACGCCGUCUAUACUGAAGAUGGACGGCGCUUUGGUGUCGUGGUGGAUGAAACUGCUGCAGAUUCGGGAUCGUAUGUGAGCCCCUUGGAAGGAAGUCCAUACUCUGGCGUAAGAAACCGACCCAUGUUUGAAGAAUGGAAGACUGGAAUCGCAUCACCCCUUCCGACACAUGUGAUUGCACCGGCUCCUCCUCGUGUACCAAGUAGUCCGUCGGCUAUCAAAGUUUCUGUGGAGCUGGAUUCGAUCACUAGUCCUGGAGGACAUUCGGACACUGGAGCCGUCACUGGUGGAGAUCUCAAAGGGGGCCAACGUACGCCGAUUGCUGAACUGGCGGAUUCCAGAAUACCUGUUUCACUUGAGAGUAAAGAGAGAGGAAGUAUUGACAGCGAUACUGUUAAGGAUACAAGAACUAGGCUGGAUGAAAGGGAGUUGGAAAGAAGAUUGAAAGAGUUAGGGGGCUUGAGUCCUGUCUCUGAAAUGUCAGGGUUUGAGACUAGAGCACAUUAA